AUGCAGAUCUCUCGCGCUCUCUCAUCAACUUCGAUGCCGCCCAUCUUUGACAAACCGACCGUGGAGAAAUAUGACUUGGUACUGAUCGGCGGUGGGAGUGGUGGAUCUGGAUGUGGCCGCCGCGCCGCAUCUUACGGAAAGAAAGUGGCGGUUGUCGAAAUGAGCGGGGUGCUUGGCGGGACAUGUGUCAACGUCGGAUGUGUCCCCAAGAAGAUCAUGUGGCACGCCGCAGAUCUGCAAGAGAAAGUCGAGUACCACGCUAAGGGCUACCAAAUCAAGGGCGAUGCGCCGAUCCCCAAAUUCAACUGGGCCGCCUUCAAGACCCAGCGCGACGCCUACGUGCACCGCCUAAACGGGAUCUACGCUAGCAACUUCGAGCGCGAGGGCGUCGAGCACCACACCGGAUUCGGGCGGCUCACCAGCGCGACGGAGGUCGAGGUCACGCGUCCGGAUGGCGGCAAGUACGUGCUCAAGACCGACAACAUCUGCAUCGCGACGGGUGGCACGCCGGUCAUCCCGCCCGACGCUGAGAUCCCGGGUGCGUCGCUGGGGAUGAAUAGCGACGGCUUCUUCGCCCUCGAGGAGCAGCCCAAACGCGUGGCCGUUGUCGGCGCGGGCUACAUCGCUGUCGAGUUGGCGGGUGUGUUCAACGGCCUCGGGUCGGAGACCCACCUGCUCAUCCGUGGCGAGACGGUUCUGCGGACGUUCGACCCUGCGGUGCAGGAGACUCUCACGCCGUGGAUCGAGCGCACGGGCGUCAAGCUGCACAAGACCAGCCACAUCGUCAAGGUUGAGGGGCAGAAGGGCCAGGAGCUGACGAUCACCACCGACAAGGGCGAGACCUUCAAGGUGGAUGCGCUCGUCUGGGCUAUCGGCCGCAAGUCGCUCACGGCGGACAUGGGUCUCGACAAAGUCGGCGUGAAGCUCGACGCAAAGGGUGACAUCGUCGUCGACGAGUACCAGAACACAAACAUCAAGGGCAUCACCGCCAUUGGUGACGUCCAGGGUAAGGCGCUGCUCACUCCGGUCGCCAUCGCUGCCGGCCGCCGUCUUGCAAACCGUCUCUUCGGGCCCGCACAAUUCAAGAACGACAAGCUGAGCUACGAGAACAUCCCUACUGUUGUCUUCUCGCAUCCCACCAUGGGCACUGUGGGGAUGACUGAGCCCGAGGCCCGCAAGAAAUUCGGCGAUGAUGCUGUGAAAAUCUACAAGACGUCCUUCCGCUCAAUGUACUUCGCGAUGGUCGACGAAGACCACAAGGAGCCGUCCAUGUUCAAGCUCGUCUGCGUUGGCCCCGAAGAGAAGGUCGUCGGAGUGCACAUCCUCGGCGCCGGAAGUGACGAAAUGAUGCAAGGAUUCGCCGUAGCAGUGAAGAUGGGCGCACGCAAACAAGACUUGGACGACACAGUGGCUAUCCACCCGACAUCAGCUGAAGAGCUUGUGACAUUGCGAUGAAAUAUGUAGAUCGGCUUAGAUGUAGAAUAAUCACUGUUUAUCUUACCCAGUUAAGGAUUUACUUGCAGGUGUCUUUCAUUAACCCCAGCUCCAUGGCCUUGAUCAUCAGUGCCUGGAGGGCAAAAUCAAA